UUUCACUGAUAACCCUAAAAAGUUCCUCCCAGACUUCAAAUACAGGUUUUCUUCUUCAUCGUUUCCUUCUCCCCCCCGCCCUUCAUUCCUUCACCGUCGCAACCCACUACUCAAACUCUUCCCACCCAGAAACCAAACCCUUCAAUUCCUUCACCGUCGCAACCCACUACUCAAACUCUUCCCACCCAGAAACCAAACCCUUCAAUUCCUUCACCGUCGCAACCCACUACUCAAACUCUUCCCACCCAGAAACCAAACCCUUCAAUUCCUUCACCGUCGCAACGAUCUUCUUCUUCAUCGCAACAAUCUUCUUCUUGACUGUAAACAAUCUUCUUCUUUUCUAUUUGAUUGCAAAUUUGGUGGGUACACAUUCAUCUAUAUAACAGGUUAGGUUCGAUAACAAUCGAGGUUCUUCCAUUAGGUUACAUAACCUGUUGAACCGGAGCCACCGUGACGGAGUUCAAAUGGUCACCAUCGUCAACUCCACUUGGUUAUGUAUGAACCUUCUAUUUUAGAAAUUGGGGAUGGGGUCACAUACAAAAUUCCUCCAGUUUAUGAUAAGCUGGCUACAUCGUUGAACCUUCUAAGUUUCUCGGAUAUCCAUGUGGAUGAAUUUUACUUGAAGGGUACCUGGGAUUUGGGGUUGUUGGCUGCAAUGAUGGCUUCGGACAAAAGGUUAGGAAAUUUAAACCGAGCUGGCAUGGGUGAACACCUAUCUCAAUAUGAAUCUCUUCAGGCACGGAUAAAGGCCAUGUCAGCUUCAAAUUUACCUCAAAAAUUCAGUCUGAAUGUGUCUGAUAUUGGUCUCAAUUCAUCCAUUCCAGAAGGGGCUGCUGGAAGCAUAAAGCGGUCUAUUUUGUCCGAGGGAGGUGUAUUGCAGGUUUAUUAUGUAAAGGUUUUGGAAAAGGUGACACUUACGAGAUCAUUGAGCAAAGCUUACCCAAGAAGCAAAAGGCCGAAGUGAGAAAAAGAGAGGAGAAAGAAGCUGUUGAAGCUUUGAGACGUGAACAGGAGCUUCGAGAAGCUAAGAGACAGCGGCAAAGGCUUAACUUUCUGAUACAACAAACUGAGCUCUACAGUCACUUUAUGCAGUUUUAAACAUGAGGUCUUGCUAUUUUUAAAUCCCUAUUAUGGUCGAUGCUCUAGUUUAUUAAGUUUCAAUGAUGAAGUCAUUCAAAAUGUGAAGUGAGUAAUUGAGUUUAAUUAUUAUUGGUACUGAGUUCUAACUAUAUCUUUUGAAUGUGUUUAAACAAAAAAAAUUCAGGACAUCACUCAACUGAAUUCCACUUUGUUUAGAGAUUAAGGUUUGGGAUAUGGUAAAGAGUUUAACUGAAUUCCGUGACAUAAAAAUUGGAUUCAUUUUCUACCAAUAUCUAAUAAAUAACAAAAUUGGAUUCAUUUACGAACCUCUCUCUUUUCUUUAUAUGCUUGUCUCUGCAUGGUGCUUGGCUCUGAAUCUACAGAUAAUUAUUUUCAUUUCAUUUGGGAUUGGAUAUGUUUGUUGUUUACAUUCUACUGACAGUUAUAAUAUUAUUCUAGAAGGUUUAUCCUUUCUUUCACUUGUAAUUGAUAGGGUUUAGAGGAAGGAUGGUAUGAUGGGGGAAGCAUUGCUUUUGCAGGUUUACUUGUUAUUGUAGUAACAGGUAGGACGUGCAUUGUCCCAGUGGGUCUAGGAGAUGGUGAUCAAUGCAUAGAAGAUGAUUUUAUUAAAUUUUGCCGAUGUUUUGAGUUCACCUGAAGAAGUAUUCUUUCGAGAUUUGUUGCACCCUUAGUUUUAAACUUUAUUCAUUUAUCUUGCAAAGUUAAGAAAUAUGUGAAUCUGUGUAUAUAUAUUUUGGAUUAAUUAAAAUGGUAUAUAAUGUAAUGGUAUAAUUAUAACGCCUUUUUUGUAUAUAAUCGAAAUCGCUUCUUUGUUGAAAUAAUAAGAUUACUGAAAUAAUGGGAUUACGAUUUGUAAAUUAUAGGUUUAUGGCAUAACAAUGGUAAAUUACAGGUUCAUGAAAUAAUGCUGUCAAAAAUGCAGGUUUAGAAAUUAUAAAAAUAAUAGGUUUAU